CCACGCGAGCACACCGUUUAACCGUGAUGAGUGUGUAACGGACGAUAGUGUUUGACUAAUUGGAAUUUGGUGGUGAAUGUAAUGACUGAGAAUGCUUGCGGUUGAUAGUGUUGUCAGUAGUCGAUAAUCAAGAUAUCGAGUGUCGAGCGUGGCACCGGCGGCAUGGUGCUGGAAGGCGGUUUGCCGGCGCCGCUGCAGCUGUACGCGGCGGCGGCCGCAGGCCUUGCUCCGCGACCGGCCUGGCCGCCGUUUCUGCCGUUCUUUGGGGUGCCACCGCCGUUCCUGGCGCGGCCGAGGUUGCCGCAUCCGCUACCCGCGCGGGCGCCCCAUGGGCCGCCCAGCGAGGACUCCAACGAGGAUGGUGGAAGCAGUAAAGGAGGUGUUGGUGACGACGAUGGUGACAGUGGGAAGAGGAGACGAUCAAGGACCAACUUUAACUCCUGGCAGCUGGAGGAGUUGGAACGUGCGUUCCUUGCGUCGCACUACCCGGACGUGUUCAUGAGAGAGGCGCUGGCGAUGCGCUUGGACCUUAAGGAGAGCAGGGUUGCGGUAUGGUUCCAGAAUCGUCGUGCAAAAUGGCGCAAAAAAGAACACACAAAGAAGGGCCCUGGGCGGCCUGCUCAUAAUGCGCACCCGCAAUCCUGUUCCGGGGAACCCAUACCACCGCAUGAGCUGAGAGCUCGCGAGAGGGCGAGAAGAAGAAAGAAGCUGGCAAAGGCAUUAGAGCGUCAAGCGAGAAAGCUGCGUGCUAAGGGUAUUGCGGUAGAUCUCGAAGCUUUGAAGGCGGAAUACUUAGCACAGCACAGGAAUAGCGGACUUUAUUCUGACUCUGAUGGCGAAAUUGAAGGAGAAGAAUGCAUGAUAGAUGUAGUCGGUGGAGAUUCAUGUCACGACUCCGGACCGGAAGACUUUUCACUAUCUGGAAGACUUCGCGCGCCAUCUGGAACUGAUGCUAUCAACAAUUCAGAUAGUUCUACUUCAGACGGCCAUUCAGCGAGAAAUUUUAGCCCCUUACCCGACCCACAAUCAUCUUUCUUCAAGCAGUUCAGCACAGCAGCUAGUAACUUCGACAAAUUCGAUUUCGACUCUGGCAGAGCAGUUUCCUUAGACCUGAGUGGCAGUUCAAACACCGAACAGGACCUUUCCAAAAACGGAGGAACAAGAAAACACAAUCCAUUCAGUAUAGAAUCCCUCCUUAAUACGUGAAAAUGACUUUUCUAGAAUAAGUACGCCGAGGGAGGCUUCCGGAUGUAACUUUUCUUUCACAGACUUAAACACUGGCAUUUUGUGAAAUGUUCCUUUGCUUUAAUAUUAAUGAAUUAUAAUUAUCAUUAGUGGUAAUCAGCUUCGGUUAAGACUUAUAGGUACCAGUUUACAUAUCCCUUUGUGAAUAUUAGUUAGGAACUGUAUUAUAUAGUUAGUAGUGUAAAUAGUAAUUUUAUAUUUAUUUUCGUCUUGUUAAUAUGUUAUUUUAUUCAUCGUGGGGCAAUAAUACAAAAAAAAAUCUAAAUAUUUGUUAAUCAUUUAGUAUUUUAUUUUUCACGUGUAUAUUUAUUGAUAAAUGAAAAGUUUAACGAUCUUUUUAUAUAUUCAAUAUCGAUCUCGAUUGACAUCGCUAUACUAUUCUGAAAUGAAUUAAAUCAAUUUUCAUAGUAAUACAGAAUUUAAAAAACCAAUAUAUAUUUUUUAAAAGCUAACGCGUCUAUGGCUAAAGUAUUUACCUAAAAGGUGUUUACAUAAUUUGGCCUUGUACUUAAAAAAAAUUGAAGCUUAAAAUUAAAAAAAAAUGUUUAUUGUGUAAUUUUCCAGAUUGAGUUAAUAAAGCAAAAGUAUUUCGUUAAAUGUUUAAUCAAUGUAAGCCAGUUUUUUCGGUUUGACAAAGCAAAGGUUGUGUAUGAAGUAUUACUAAUGUCAUUUUUAGUAUUUUAAGUACAUUCUAUUAUUGAUUAUGUUGUCAUACACAUAUAUAUUGAAGAUAGGUAUCUUUUAAAUUCAUUAAGUUUUUAUCUCAUUUAUCGUCAGUGCAAAUAGAGGACAUUUAACAGAAAAUUAAGUAACUUUGUUCCAUCACAAGCGAAGCGAGCAAUUAACCUAAUUGCCGACAUAAUAAUAUAAUUUCUUACACGCCCCGCUUUACCACUUUACAAACUUCAUAAAUUGUCCUUUUAUAUUUGCUAAAUAAAGUUUUUGCUACUGUACCCUUUAUCUUGUCAAAGAACACCUGCUGAUAUGUAAGUGAAAUAAAUUCCGAGCAAACGGAACCGGUCCACGGUGUUACAAGUAAAUAUGAAAUGUAUAGUAAUCCGUCGAUUUCAAUUUGUAUGCUAAGCUGAUUGGUAACUUCAUGUAUUGAUUCAUUUUUUUAGUGAAACUUAGAACUGGAAUAACAGUUUAUUUUUGAUCUCGUAAAUGCAGAAACGUAUUACGACAACUUUGUUUCUUUCUUUUUUUUCUAAUGUUUUUUUAUCGACAAUAUUUGGAUAACGAUGACGUCAUAACGUACGAUGUGAACUUCGUGUUUAUAAAAUUAUAACAACAUCAUUAACUCAAAAUUAAUCUACGGUUCCACUUAACCCGAAUAACCUAUUAAAAUCUCAUUGUUCUGAAUAACAUUUCGAUAUAAUUAAAUUAUAUAAAAAUGUCCACGUAAAUAUGAUUGCAUAGGAAAGUCUCAAGUCGUAAAAUGAGUAAUUAAUGUAUAACGCGAGACCGCCGAUAAGCGCCAAUUAGUGCAACAAUAUGGCUGACCGCUUUAUUGCCAUUUUUACUCACAACACUCUGAUAAAGGCUUGUCAACUAUCGAAAAUAUAGCACUAUGUUUUGCUAGUACUUUAUCAAAACACGAUUUUACAAAUAUCAUUAUAAAGGCAAAAUGCGUAAUGAGAAUUGGAUAUGUAGCGUAAGCGCCUGGCAUACUCGACUUAUUUGCGUUGUAUCGCUACGUGCUUAGUGGAUGGUCGGAUUUACUUGCUUUAUUAUUUCAAAAGUUUUAUUUAACUUAUAUAGAAGGUCACUUUGCUAAGGUACAUUGGGUCAAGCGUUAAAUUUUAUAUUGUGGAUUUGAUUCGCUUCGAUUUUCUUUGUGUAAUGAGAGAUUAUUUUAUAUGAAUAAUGAAAGUUGAAUCUUAUAGGGUUUUCUAAAUAAAAUAUAUAAAUUUCUAUAAAAAUCUAUUUGAAAAGAUCAUGAUACAUUGGAACGAUUAAUUAGAAGUAAUAGUUUACAGGUUAUAACUAGUAAAAUAUUUAUAAAAUCCUUCUAAAUAGUAAAGCGCGAAAGAUGAAUGUAAAAACGUCAUAAAAAAUUGGUUUUGUUUUUGUGUUGUUGUAUAGUUAUAUUUUUGUUUAUAGUUCCUCACGUACGCACACAAGUCAAAAUCUUUAUGCUUUCCUCGCUAAUUACGAGUUAUUAUUUCAUCCAAUUAAAUUGCAAGUGUAAGUGUGUGGGUUUAAAUAUAGGUGUUACGUAUAUUUAAACACACACUGAUAUUGAUAUUGACAUAUUUGAGUUAUCAUUUUAUACAGAACCUUAUAUAGUAUCGAAACAUAUCUUAUGGUAAAUAAUAAAAUAAUUUAAAAAACACUAAUUAUUCACAUACAUUAAUAUUAUAAAGUAAACACUCGAAUACAUCAAUAAAUUUGUCUUAUUUUGUAAACAAAUUUUUAUUACUCUAGUGGAUAAAAAUAUUUAUUUAUAAUAAUAAUAGUUAUUUUUAUAUUCAAAAUAAGAUAUGAUAUGAAUAUUAAAACAUGUGCAUUUCAGUUACCCAUCACAUGUUAAGUAAAACUUACAUUAAAUUAUGUCAUAGCUCCCUAAAAGCCAUAAUAAAAAAAUAUAGAUAUUCAACAAAAUUUAAUACAUAAUCAUCAAAAUAGAUCAAAAAGAUAUAAGACUUUGAUUUGUGUGUUUCUCAAAUUAAAUUUUAUUUAUUAUUUUAUAUAUAUUAGUAAUAUUUGUAAUAAGGAAUGACUUGUAUGCGUUUUUGGUAAUGGAUUAUUGUAAUAGAAAUAAGCGUAGACCACACUAAUGUAUAUUUUGUAGCAGGAAACAAUACGAUAGGUACAAAAUAAUUAAGUUUAUUUAUAUCUAUAGAUGAGACGUGGCGUGAUACGGGAAUAUUUGUAAAUUUAUUAUCACAUUGAUUAAGAUGUAAAAAGUAUGUUAUGCGAGUAACUUAUUGAAUCAAAAUAUAACAUUAUUAAAA